AGAUUACAAGAGAUUAACUGAGGAGGGUGUGAAAUUGAAGUAAGUUCCUCUUGAUGUUUUUGUGAGAAAUAGUAAAUUGCUGAAGGAUGUCUGCAGAAAGAAUGGUCUUUUCCAACGCAACUGCGGAUCAUACUUCGGUGCCAGUACAAAAUGCAGUGGCCUGCGUUGUACUUGGUUUGGCAUGUCUUGUUGGAGUACCAGGAAACUUCACAGUGAUUGUGACAGUUCUUUGUAACAUUAAGCAGCGAUCUUCCACCAUUGUACUCAUCUUAUCUCUGGCCGUAGCUGACUUUGUGGUCCUGGUUACUUUGCCGUUCUGGAUUUACUUUCUCGCCGAUUCGUGGAUUUUUGGAAUCCUGCUCUGGAAACUGACUGUCUACCUCAUCUUCACAUCCAUGUACGCCAGCGUCUUCUUCAUCGCGCUGCUGAGUGUGGAGCGCCUGGUGGCUGUGCUGUACCCGUUCCUGAUUCAGAAACGGUGGAAGAGAGCAGCAGUGAAUAAAGUAGCUGCUUGCAUUUGGAUUUCGGCGUUACUCCUCGCUGUUCCUACUCUGACAGUUGAACUCAAGUUGGAUGAAAAUGGACGGCCAUGUAAAAGAGCAUAUUCCUCUGACCAGCAACAGAUGGGUCUUCUUCUGUUGGAAACUCUGGUGGGGUUUCUCAUUCCUUUUAGCGCACUGUCUAUCUCAUACGUUGCUGUUUCUAAAAGAAUAAAGCAAAUGGUCUUUCGAAGAAGAAACAGGUCGGUGAAGCUAAUUGUGGGCAUCGUGAUGGCAUUUGUCAUUUGCUGGUUUCCGUAUCACACAGGAAACAUUGUCAAAAUUUCUUCACUCCUGGCAAAGAACUCAAAUUCAGAACUCUCACAGAAACUGGACAAAGUUUACCGGUCGAUGAAAGAUGCAUCUGGGGCCCUGGCUUUCGUCAGCAGUUCCAUUAACCCCAUCCUUUAUGCAUUUGCCGCUUGGAACUUCAAGAAUGGGUUUAAAGUGUCAAAUCUUGCUAAAGUUUUUCAACAAAUGAACAGUUUUAAGGAGAGAUUGGAGAAAGGGAUGAAUAACUCUGAACAUCGGUCUGAAUCGAUAACUAUACUUUAACAAUCAGAAGUAUGCUGAUACGUAAAUUAUGACAAUGUGUCCAUGUAUUGUUGCUUUUUGUAGCUACAGAUAAGUGAGUAAUGUUUGUACGUUCUUUGUGUGUAAUAGAACACCCUUGCUGCUGAAUAACAUGACACGAGAAAUCUUGGAAGUAUUGUAAAUUGCUCUGAAUCUCAUAAUGCUUUGCUACCAGUUCAUAACUAAUUAAUUACAAAAGGAAAAGUUGGCAUUCUAGGCUAUGAGACUCUUAUUGCUCAUGUUUGGCUAUUUAUACAGCUGAUAGUUGGGGAAGAGGUCAGGAGCGGCAGAUGAAUUUAUUCAGAGGAAAAACCCAGUGGUACAGGUGCCAGUGGAAAUGCCUUCGCAUACCUUAGCAUUUGAGACCAGUAUUGGCUGUGAUGCCAGUAAAACUGAUUAUGGCACCAGUACUAAUUGUGACAUCACUACUGGUCUUGGUACCAUCAGUUCUGGUCAGGGCAUCUGCUGGGAUGUGGCAUUAAAGUGUCAGUGAGCAUGCAGCAUAUGUGUGGUGCAAAAUAUAGGCGGCUUAUGCCCAGAUGAAUUAUAUACAUUGUUUUCAGGUCGAAUGAAGGGAAUUAAAUCCAAGAGUCUGUACAUGGAUUGGCCUGGGCACCCUCACUUCAACCACAUGUCUGCGUGGUUGAUAAAAAUGAGGGUGCCCAGGCUAACACUCAUUCAACAGCUUGAAGGCUAUCUAAUUACAAAUCGAAAUCAUAAAAGUACACAGCCCUAUCGCAGAUGGCACGCUUUAAAAGACACUGUGACAAGCAACCAAACAAAGCAUGACACACCCUCCUGUCUUAUCAUUGCAAUACAAGCUGUUGUGGCAUGACUUGUUUUCUCCUGCUCUGUUCCGGUUCAUAAUCAUCCCUGAUGUAUCAUUCUGGGCCUGGGCUUGCAAAAUAACUGUUUGCAAUAGUGCUUAUCUGCAACAGCACACAGAUUA